CUUACAUUAACUAACACAUCGACAAACUGAAAUAUGGCGGCACCAAUCACGAAGAGGACCGCUCGUGUCUCAACUCUGACUAGAGGAACUCUAUGGAGUUCUGACGGUCCCACGUAAAAGGCCAGGACGGUCGCUCUGGAGUCUGGCUGGCUCUCGUGGUUGAUCCGCUGAUGCGCCUCAUGUUUCUCUCUGGCGCAGCCAAUGAGAUUCGCUAUUUCGUUUCUUCGCACACGCUCACCUUGUGAAUAGCACACUUCUAUCGAUAUCCGUGGAAGGGCGUCUUGCCAUUCUUUAUGCCGUGUUCCUUCCGUCCGCAGAUAUACGAAGCGUCGGAGCAGGUGUUGUUGCUGACGCGAACGGCUGUUUCGUCGAGUGGUUGACACUGUUGACAGUACUAGCCCAUAGGUUGCAUAUCACUCACGUGUUCUGCCGUUGAUCCUCCGUUUAAACAUGGAUCUUGGGAAUCGCCGGAAGAGUUCUGAGAAAAGGUUAACGAGAGAGCUUGUGCCCUCGUCUCUUUAGCUUCGACACCGACGACGAUUCCGAGUACGCUAUGAUACGGCAGAUAAAAAUGGAGCCGGAGGCGAUGUUCUCGGCUUCCGAGGACGAUAUUAUGGCGCAGCUGCAGCAGGACAGUUCCGACCUGGAGGUCGAGCCCAGCUUCACGAUGGAGAGCUGCCUGAACGGCGAGUACAGCAACGAGGGUGUACUGCUGCAGCAUAUGGACAUUAGGCAGCCCUUGUCCACGUUGAGGACUCUGUUGGAGGACAGGCUCAGCUUAGACCUAAAGAACUAUUCGUUUUGGUUACAAAACGCACAGAUGCUGGAAAGCCACAAGAAUUUAGUCGAUCAGUGUGUCCAGGGAGAAGGGCUGGUUCAGAUUAACGUACAAAUAAAGCCGAUGCAGAAACGUAUUAAUAUAGUGGACGUUCUUAAGCCAGCGGACGAUUACAUUGAAGUUGUGAACGACAAUUCAUCGGUGUCUCCUGUUCCGGAAAACAACAAACGGAAUGUUAUAAAGUGGAUGAUAGACGCGCAGUAUAAAAAGGACCAGGAGCGAUUGAAAAUACCAAAUGAUCCAAAAGAUUGGUCAGAAACACACGUAAAACAUUGGCUGCAGUGGGCCGUUAGACAAUUCAAUAUAGUAUCGUUACGUUUGGCCGAUUGGAAUAUUACCGGAGCGCAGUUGUGUAACCUCACCAUGGAGGAGUUUCAUGCAAAAGUGCCUCUCGACCCAGGAGACGUGUUUUGGACACAUUUCGAACUUCUUAGGAAAUGCAAAUUUGUCGCCGUUGUACAAAAAGACACACCGGACUCGUCCAACGAAGGUGUCGCGGAGAAAUCUAUUAAAGCACGAAGCCAGAAGGUGCCGAAGUCGAAGUCCACGGUAAAUCAACAGGCGCGCGUGGUUAAUGUGCCAUUGGAGAAUGUCGACCCGACCUCGAUCACGAUUGCCAGUUCUAGUCGAACCGUUAAUAGCGGCCAGAUACAGCUGUGGCAAUUUCUGUUGGAGCUAUUAACGGACAAAGAUUAUAGAAACGAGAUCCAGUGGGUGGGCACCGACGGAGAAUUCAAGCUCAAUCAGCCGGAGGCGGUGGCGCAACUGUGGGGAGCUCGCAAGAAUAAGCCGUCGAUGAAUUACGAGAAGCUGAGCAGAGCGCUUCGGUAUUAUUACGACGGCGACAUGAUUUCUAAGGUGCACGGCAAGCGAUUCGUUUACAAGUUCGUUUGCGACUUGAAGCAGUUGCUGGGUUACUCAGCGGCAGAGUUGAGUAAGCUUGUCGAGGAAAGGGGACGAUAUUUCUGAUGAAACUAUAUAUUUUUGGUUGCUAUUAGUAAUAAAAUAACUCUUAUUGCAAGCACCUCGUCUCUUCAUGAUAUCGUCAUUCGGCAUAAUUAUUUCUAUAUUAAAUGUUGUAUACAUGAAAAAAGCUCUGCGUAAAAUCACUUUUGACUUCAAGUCUUUUAUCGAUUGGAUAUCAUUGCCGCGUUAUUUCUUCACUAUGAAUUUCUUCGUGUGUCUUUUCCUAAUGAAUUUGAGCGUGUAACAUUAUCUCGCAAGCAAGCCGCGAAGUACAAUUUACCGAUGUUUAUGUAAAAAUAGAUUUUAUAAUGUAAAUUAGAUAUAAAUUAGAAGUGUUUAUUAGAUCUUGCAGCGUACACAAGAGCGUGAAUUGUAGCGUAAUAUUGAAACAAUUCGAAAACUGUGUUGAUUAUUUAAUAUUCGUAUCAUUAUGGAUUUACAUGUGUACUUUUAUGGAGACAUUUACGUUGUAUCAUUACGGACCUACAUAUGACAGAGUAUAUAUCUUCACGUUCUUGUAUAAAAAAAAAGAUAUUCGAUAGAUAUAAUUUUAGCUGCGACCAAGAACUCAAGGUAAUAUGUUAUAUAAUUUUCGCGCUAGAUAUUGCGCCGUCGAUUUAAGGAACUUGUAUAUAAAAGGAAAAACAGUUACAUAACAAAGUUGUUGAAACGUAUUUAAUUAAUCGAUAUUGAUAUAUUUUUCUAUUAUACAGAUAAAUGUUAAUAUGUAAAAUUUUAAGGCCAUCGAAAAAGUAUAAGUAUUUUAUAAAAUGCGCUUUGAAAUAAUAGACGCGAAGAUGACAUUGUAAAUCUAAAGUUUUCGAAUAAACAGUGCGUCUUAUAAAGAGUUGCGAGAUGUUGUAAUUGAUGCGUAAUUCUGUCGAUAUCCCGCGCACAGCGUAUUCUUCUUUAUUUAAUUCUAACAGUAAGAACUGAAUUUAAGCUUUUGUUUACGACUAAUGAUUUUUCAGAUCGACGUUGAAAUCAUCUCUCUAUUACUUUAAAUAUUUUCUAUAUGAUAUUAAUGGGA